GCCUCCUGAAAAGGAGUAGGAUUUCAGAGCCUCGCAGCAUCUCUGAACACCUGCAGCUCUCCUUCAUCUGAACAGUCUGAGGAACCAAAUUUGAAGACAGCGAGAACGAGGAACGAUGUCUCCUUCCCUUCUUCACUCCUCAAAGUCCACUGUGUUUAUGGGGUUGAUGCUCCUGGCGCUCUUCUCAGUCAGUUAUCAGAAGACUGUGAAAAACACUGAGGACAGCAGUGAUCUGAACAGAAGAGUUCGUGAAGUCUCUCCUGAAAAGUCUAAGCCCAUUCAUCAGCGUGUUCAGCGUGGUGCUAACAAGAAGGAGAACUAUUUCAUCACUCCUCCAUCCUCCACGGCUGACAGUGGGGCCAAACUGAGGUGGCAGAAAUGGGAAGGUUCUCUGCCGAAAGAUGCAAUUUCAGUCCUCAACAAAGACAAGGCACGUAGAGAAUACAUUUGCAGACUCACAGAGAAUCCAUGCAAAGCUGGGUUUUACACUCCUUCUGAAGGUGCAUUCUGUCAUUAUGCUGAUGGAAGAAACAAGAAACAAUCUGACUCGUUUGAAAUCCUUGUUAAUGAAGAUAAUUUUGAAGAUGUUAAAUGGGAGACCUUUUCUAUUUUUGCAUUGCCUAAAAAUCCAGUAAGAAUUUGUGAGAAUGAAGACUUGUAUGUGGGACUGAGUAUAAACGGUGUCCUGGUGGUGCAUCCUAAUGAAAAGUGUGCACCUCUGAUAUCCGACUGUGCAGCUUUGGUCGUUAGCUUUGAUGAUGUGGUGCGCCAGCAAAUCACUGAUGUCAAGUACAGCAAUGAAAAGAAAACAAGCGAAAAGCUUCUGCCAGAAAUCUUAGUCAAAUCUGUUGUUUCCAAUGAGGCCACAAACGACAUCAAUAAGAAAGUUGAACUCUCAAAGAAAACCACCAAGACAGAAUCAUGGACCGUCUCUGGUACUCUCAACAUAGGUAUCGAAACAAAGUUUGAAGCAGGAAUCCCAAAGGUUUUAUCAGGAGGAGUUCAGGUCACCGGUCAGGUCUCAUUGCAGCUUUCACGUGAAACCUCGAGGACAGAAGAGAUCAGCCAUUCUGUUUCCCUAGAAGUUAAUGUUCCAGCACAACGAGAGUGUACGGUUGUGAUGCAGGGUUUUCCAGUUACAGUGAACAUCCCCUUCACUGCACAACUCACUCGUACGUACAAAAACAAUAAAAGCAAAACUGUACCCAUCGUAGGGUCGUACAAAGGCAGCUACGUUGAAGAAACUAAGGCGGAAGUGACAGAGUGUGCUCUGAAAAAAAUUAAAGGUUAAAAAGUCAAAAGUCAAGUAGAGCUGGAACGUGUGUCACCUAAAGACUUCUUCACUCAUCUGUUCUUCAAGCAGCUGUGCUUUGCAAAAUGAAUGAACAUGGAAUCAAGUUUUUGAGUUCAUGGACGACAAAUAACAUCUUUUUAUUAAUAAUAGUUUUUGUUUUUUGAGGACACAGAAGUUUUAGACUUUAAAAAAGUCUCCAAAAAGUUUAAUUGGUUCAAGAAAAAAGCAUAAACAAAUGCUUGUACUGUGAACUGAAGUGUAAUUGUACUUUACUGUAGCCGGCCAUGCUUUGCUCUUCUGUUAUAUCUAAAGACAAUUGAAUAAAUGCUAUUUGAAAACUAAA